UUACUACACGUAUAAACCUAACAACACACUGACGAAAACAUUGUUACAUUGGGCUAUCUGGGUACAUCUACACGGAAUAGAUUCCUUCUGAAUGACAAUGGCGGAUCAGAGGUCGGCACGGUACUUUACCGUGAUGAAGUGGAUUGGACUGGCGAUUGGAUGUGCCGCCAAGUUUGUGUCUGGGUCUUUAUUCGUGUUCAACUCCUACGAAGAUGCUCUCAAAACCACAUUCAACUUCACCGCCAAAGAGGUUCAGCUUCAAUCGUCGUUCCUUAACAUCGGCCUUGGGAUUGGGUUCCUGCCGGGAAUGUUCUACGACAGAUUCGGACCCCAAUGGUGUUCGGGGGCGGGGCUGGUUCUGUCCCUGGCCGCAUACCUUCUUCUAUGGAGUACCACCAGGUCUAUCGCGUUCUACAGCUCGCGUAGCUGGCUCAUGGCGAUAUAUUUCUUCCUUUGUGGUAUUGGUUCUGUGUUCACCUAUAUGGUCGCCCUCAACACGAACGUCAUAAACUUUCAUCCAAAACACCGAGGGAAAAUCGUUGGUAUCCUCAACGCGUUUUUUGCGGGCAGCCCAUCAGUAUUCGCAACAUUUUAUUUCCAUGUAAUUGGGAAAGAUGACCCAAAGAGUGCCGACAGUUUUUCCACCUUAAUGGCGGUGUUCGCCGUGUGUUUUGUGGUCAUCGAUAUUCUGUGUGUUGCCUUCAUGCGAGUGUAUCCUCGUAUUGAGACCACAGACAAAACGAUACCGGAUGUAAGUGUACAUGACGUGCGUAACGACGGCGUUCAAAUUGACAACAAAUGCUUCAUAGGUGACGAUGAUAAAUCAGCAAUCUCCGAUGAUAUUGUAGUGUCUAAUGACAUCCAAAUUUCUGAAAAUGCGAUUGAGACAAAGGCAUCUGCUACAGAAUCAGUGGUUUCCAAUGUUGAUCAAAGUUCUGAUGAGGUGUCAAUAUUAACUAUCCUCACUACACUGGACUAUCAGUUGCUGACGUGGUUAUUUACUUUGGCGUCUGUUGUUGGUCUGGUUUACACAAUCGCCCUAACACAGACCACGUCAGCACUGAAAUUGGACAGUCAUAACGCCGACAUCGUUCUGGUCAUUCCCAUCACCAACGCUGUCAUCAGUGCCGCGGUUGGUGUGAUUUCUGACCGCUAUCAACAAAGGUUACCCCGUCUUGGGAUCCUCAUUGCGGGGGUAACGACGUUUAUUAUUUGCCAGGGUCUCGCGGUAGGGUUGGCCGACAAUUACCCGACGCUUGUCACUGCCACAGUGGUGAACGGGAUUGGACAAGGAUUCAUUUGGUCAAUCGCUCCAGCUGUCAUGAGUGAAAUGUUCAGCAUCAAUAACCUCGGUCGUAACUGGGGAAUCGCCCUUCUGGCAUCAUCGUUGGUUGGUCUAGGUGCCCAGGAGGCUUUUGGUGCGCUCUACGACGCGGCGAUAUCAAACCCUGGGGAAGUGUACUGUUAUGGGAUGAAGUGUGUCCGUUGGGGACACACCGUCACCCUCGGGAUGGCCGUGCUCGCUAUGAUUCUGGGCGUGGCACUGUAUAUACGGAGACGAAGAUAGACAAACAUGUUAAAGACACAAUUAACUUGCGCGUAAUUGUGUCUAAUUGGAGAAAAAAAAGGAAAUCAAAAAACAGAAGCAAAAAAAUAAAAGUAUUUCUUUUUUAUAAAUUUCGUAUCUUAAUUGUGCUCAAAAUGUUAAAAUAAAAAUGACGUCAGACUUGUCAUGUGUAUAUUUCAUGACUGCGGCAGAAAAAAAAGAUAAAUGAAAUUCAACGGAGAAACCUUAAACGUUAUGAUUAUAAUUGAUAACUUCAAAAUGAAAAUAGACCCUGUCAAAAACAACACGAGUGCUUCCAUUCACAUUGUGGGACUGGGCUUCAGUUUAUGAUGUCGUAGUUCGAUGACGUUACAAUCAAGGAGACAAUGCACAUUUCAAGCUUUCUGACUGGUUAUGAUAUUCAUAGCUUUUGUAUUCUGUAUUUUUAUUGGUUUAAAUCCGGGAAAGUUUUAUUUUUCACUGGUGACAAAUACAUCAUUUAGAUAUACCUGACCGUAGUGAAAAUGAACUUUCAUUUAUUAAAUAAUUGCCGAUGUGGCCAUGGGAAAAUGCAAUGAAAACAAAAACGUAAUCGUAAAAAAAUGCCAAUGUUUUCAAUGGUUGAAGUCAUUAAAUUUGAAAUAGUUCACGUU